AAAUCUGGCAAGUUUUAGUGAGAUUUCACUUAAACAGGCAUAGAGAGAAAAUGAAUAGAUCCAUAAAUAUGACCUAAACAAAUAGACUGGUUUUCCACAUAAGUCCUGAAAGAGAAUUAAUACUACCCACAAGAGUAUAACUCUUCAGUUGAAAUGCAAAUAAUGACAGUAGACAGCAAAGACUAAUAUCUAUAAAGACAUAAGGUGUUCCACGAAAAUUUUUGGCCUAAAUGGGUUGUUGCAAAUUUCUGUAGCUUUCAUAUGUUGUAGACAGCAAGUGCAACAAACAUAAAGGGUGUUUAACAUGUGAUUUUCCAGCUGUACCUGAGCCUUGUUUGAAAAAGAUUUUAUUGAAGAGUAAAUGAGGAACAACAGCUAUCAGGCGGAGAGUUUAGCAGCCAACCAGUCAUGCAGUCAAUCUGUCAAUCAGUUAAUUGUUCAUCACUUUGAUUAUCUCCUGUCCAUUGCAAAGUCCUAAUUAUCACACUAAUGGAUAGUUCCCUGAGAUGAGUCAGUGUCUAAAAACCUGAUAGGUGAGGGGAAGUUGAAAUGGAAAGAACCUUUUAGGAAGAAAACUGUCAUUGUGACACAUCAGGUGAACUCUGCUGAUAUAAGAGGACAGGUAUUCCCCUAGGUGGAGUCGGUUAGUGCUGUUAGUGGACAAAUGAGUUCCAUAGAGACACAAAUCUAAAGGGUUUGCCUCCCUGGUGUGCAACAUGCAUUGAAAGUCUUCAAAACUUUACAUAAACAUAAUCAUAUACAGGAAUAUAUAAUAGAUCAUUUAAAAAGUAUAAGAUAAUAUGAAAAAAGAACAUGAAAGAUGGUUGUUUAGAGAUGUAAAAAAUAUCCUGGCAAGAUCCGACAAGGCACCUGCACAGUGUUUCCUUCCCUGAGAAGGACACACCUCUUGAACCCAGAUAACUUGCAUGAUCUCAGGUCUGAUCAGGUCACUUCAAAUCUUACUUGACUCAAAGUAGAUCAUGUCCAGAGUGGAGGCUCAAAGAGACACAAACCUGCGCUGUCUGCUAAGAGAGCUUCGUACCGACAUCGCCAUGGCUGUGAAUGACCCUUUCCCUCUUGUCUUUGGUUUGGCAGACAAAAACAUCAUUACUGAGCAGCUGCUGAAGGACACUCUGGAAAAGGAGGGUAGUGAGGGGAUCCACAAGGCCAUGUACUUCCUUCUGUCGUGGUUGUUAGAGCAGAAUAGAUCCACAAUCCAGGCUUUCUGGAAGAACUUAUCCAAAGACUAUAAUGUAGACAGCUACCCAAAGCUGCAGACGCUGCUUGCUAACUUGCAUUCUAGACAGGAUGCUGCAAGUUCCAAAAGUGAAAACAGAUCUUCUGGAGGUCUCAAAACUUCUAACAGCAAGAAAAGGAAUCAUGAGGGCAGUGGGACAAACUCCAGGCAUUCAGAUUAUCGUGCCAAGACAAGUGAUGGAGCAGGGAAUAAAAUGAAGCUUUACAGACUGAAGAGUGAAGCUCCAGCCCCACCGCUGCCAUCAGGAAACUGUGUACAAGUGUCUUCUUCAGUUCAGAAAGGAGUGCCGGCAUCCUCCUCCUCCAAGGCCUUUUCUAAAGAUUUGCCAGUCAGCCAUGAAAAAAGAGAAAAGAUACAAAUCAAGCAGGAGUACGGGUCAGGUGAGACCACCAGAAAGUGCAUUGAAGUUGCUGAGGGGUUUUACUCUGGAGGCUUAGCAGAGACAAAACCGGACACAUCCAAGUCUGUCAAGACCACAUUUCACCACAAGGGGGAGACAGCCACAAGCAUGAUUCACUGUAAUGAUGAUGAAUGUGCGGUAUGUAAGGAUGGAGGGGAGCUGAUUUGUUGCGAUGGCUGUCCUCGAGCCUUUCACCUGACUUGCCUUGACCCCCCGCUGACCUCCAUACCCAAUGGCUCUUGGCAAUGUGAAUGGUGCUGUGGGCGCAGAGUAAAAACAGAGAAUCCCCCACUGCCUUUACAAGCUCUUCUGGCUCAGCCUCAGCAAACAAACAAAAACCCCCCUACCUCCAUCACAGAUGUCUCAUUUUACCCUUCAAUGUCGUCUUCCCUCACGAGUGUCACAAGCUCUGUGAAUGUAUCCAGUGGCAGAAAUAAUCAGUGCUCAGAUGGGGAGCGUGUCGGUGUGAGGGGAGUGUGUGGUGUUUGUCACCUUACUGGAGGGGAUCUGUCUCGCUGCCUCCAGUGUUUCGAGUGUUUCCAUACAAACUGCCACUUCACAAAAGGGAUGUCCAUCUGCUUGUCCUGCUCCAGGCUGUGGGGCAGCUCUACAGAGAAAGAGGCUGAACCACGAAGUGUGCAGUUUACACCAGCAGCUCAAAAUACACUCAUUCAUGAUCAGAGUGCUUCCAUCUCUGAUCCCAUCAUCCAGAAAGAUGAAGUGGACCCCAUCCUCGGAGAUCCGAACUCCAUUGAUGGCAUCUUACAGUGGGCCUUCCACAACAUAUCUCGGCCUCUUCCAGAUUCUCAGGGAUACUACCAGUGACAAAUAACCAGGAAUGCAAAUAUCAUAAACAAUUACAAGAUAAAGGAGAUGACUUAAAUACAAAGUCACAUAACUGCUGUUCUUCCUCUCUGUAUGUGAAAUAAAUAAAUGUUGGUUUAGCUAUUGGACACGCCACACUACUGAA